AUGGUCCGGGGUCUGCUAAACCGUGUGUUCUUCCUACUCUUGGCGACCUCUCAUCUCGUCGGUUACUCCAAUGCUGUCUACACCUGGCCUAAUCCGACUAUGGAUGAACUUGAACAUAUACUGGUCGAUAACGAAGGGUUCAAUGAUGCCGGAUUCAAACGAGCAAUAACACCGUGCACGAAUUAUAUUCAAGGUCCUCAAACACUAGGAAGACAGACCAGUGCACAGUGGUUGAGGGUUGCUUUCCAUGAUUUUUCAACGGCUAACGUACCUGCUGGGGCCGGUGGCAUCGAUGCCUCCAUCGGAUUUGAAACUUUGAGACCAGAGAAUAGUGGAUCAGCGAUGAAUGAUUCGUUAUCGUUCUUUGCUCCCUUUGUGAACGCACAUGUUUCGAUGGCCGAUCUAAUUGCGCUCAGCGUCUCGCUUUCAAUUGGUUCCUGUUCUUCUCCCACCAUUACAAUUCCUCUCCGGGGAGGACGAAUCGACGCGACAGAGGGCGGAGAAUUCGGUGUACCAGAGCCUGAGACCAGUAUUGAAGAGACACUUCAUCAAUUUGAACAUGCCGGAUUCAACCAAGCCGAUGCGAUCGGCCUUACUGCAUGUGGUCACACGAUGGGGAAUGUGCACCAUGGUGGAUUUCCCCAAGUGGUACCCGAAAGUGCGGUAACACCGAACAAUACUGGGGGAGGAAUCCAUUUCGAUUCUACACCGGAUGUUUUCGAUAUCAAUGUAGUUCAAGAGUAUCUGGCAAGUGAAGGAAACCGAGGAGGAGCGCUCGUUACGACAGAUAAUGUAACUGUUCGUUCGGAUUUACGGCUCUAUGUGUCCGACAACAAUGCUACCAUUGCUCGACCUUUCCACCCUGUCAAUGUAACCCUUGACUUUACCUCAACUGGAGAGAUGAGAUUCAGAGGUUUCAUACGACUUUUGUCUUCCACUUCCUCGAAUGUCACACCAGAAGUCCAGGUUUCUUGGCAGUCUCGAGAAGGUUUCUCUUCCCGAAAAUUCUCUACAUCAGCCAAUUUUGAAGCUUCGGGAGCGAGUACAUGGGGAUCCAUUUCUUAUUUUAAAUUUGAUGCUCCAAUCGACCUGGGGUCUGGGAUAUCUAAAUUCUUUGUCGCCGUCGACGGGAGGAUCCAUGACAAUGGUGGAAGCGGACAUCCCGUACAGGACUCUGCCUUCGUCGUUCCCAGCUUGACAAAUGUGGACGAUAGCGGAAAUUUCGAGCUUACUGCAGCAGUUUUGAAUUCAUUUUCAAGCGCUAAUGUACGAGCGGAACUCUCGUUUCCCGCUGUACAACUCGGGACCAUCAGUCCCAAGAUAGUCAAAACGCUUACUUCUCUAGCAUCGUUCAACAAGAACUUCAAUUCGGAAUAUUCACUUUAUCGCGCCUCUGGUGCGAUUCCAUUAUCAAAUCUAACAAACUCAAAUCAGGUCUCUGCGGACUUGAUCACAGCAACAGGAGAUAGGAGAAUUGGUACCGUCCAUGAUAAUUUCAGAAGGCUGAAACAAUUGUGA